AUGGCGGGGUCCGGCUGCGCGUGGGGCGCCGAGCCGCCGCGCUUCCUGGAGGCCUUCGGGCGGCUGUGGCAGGUACAGAGCCGCCUGGGCAGCGGCUCCUCGGCCUCGGUGUACCGGGUGCGCUGCUGCGGCACCCCGGGCUCGCCCCCCGGCGCCCUCAAGCAGUUCCUGCCGCCGGGAACCACCGGAGCUGCGGCCUCGGCCGCGGAGUAUGGUUUCCGCAAAGAGAGGGCGGCGUUGGAGCAGUUGCAGGGUCACAGGAACAUUGUGACCUUGUAUGGAGUGUUUACCAUCCACUUCUCUCCAAAUGUGCCGUCACGAUGUCUGCUGCUUGAACUCCUGGACGUCAGCGUUUCGGAAUUGCUUUUAUAUUCCAGUCACCAGGGUUGCUCCAUGUGGAUGAUACAGCACUGUGCCAGAGACGUUCUGGAGGCCCUUGCUUUUCUUCACCAUGAGGGCUACGUCCAUGCAGACCUCAAACCACGGAACAUCCUGUGGAGUGCGGAGAAUGAGUGCUUUAAGCUUAUCGACUUUGGACUCAGCUUCAAAGAAGGCAAUCAGGAUGUAAAGUACAUUCAGACAGAUGGGUACCGAGCUCCUGAAGCAGAACUGCAAAACUGCUUGGCCCAGGCCGGCCUGCAGAGUGACACAGAGUGCACCUCAGCUGUUGAUCUGUGGAGCCUUGGAAUUAUUUUACUGGAAAUGUUCUCAGGAAUGAAACUGAAACAUACAGUCAGAUCUCAGGAAUGGAAGGCAAACAGUUCUGCUAUUAUUGAUCAUAUAUUUGCCAGUAAAGCAGUGGUGAAUGCCGCAAUUCCAGCCUAUCACCUCAGAGACCUUAUCAAAAGCAUGCUUCACGACGACCCGAGCAGAAGGAUCCCUGCUGAGAUGGCAUUGUGCAGCCCAUUCUUUAGCAUUCCUUUUGCCCCUCACAUUGAAGAUCUGGUGAUGCUUCCGACUCCAGUGCUCAGACUCCUCAAUGUGUUGGAUGAUGAUUAUCUUGAAAAUGAAGAUGAAUAUGAAGAUGUUGUAGAAGAUGUAAAAGAGGAGUGUCAGAAGUAUGGACCAGUGGUUUCUCUGCUUGUUCCAAAGGAAAAUCCUGGUAGAGGACAAGUCUUUGUUGAGUACGCAAACGCUGGCGAUUCCAAAGCUGCUCAGAAAUUGCUGACUGGGAGGAUGUUUGACGGGAAGUUUGUUGUGGCUACAUUCUACCCGCUGAGUGCCUACAAGAGGGGAUAUCUUUAUCAAACCUUGCUUUAAUCAGUAACCUAAGGACUAUUUCCUGUUUCUCCUCUUCCACUUCUUGGAUUAUUAUAUUCCACAGCUGAAUGCAGGAGCACCCCUUUGCCCAUUUGAAAGGGUACCUUGUACAUUUAUUUAAUCCUACUAAUGUGCAGCCAUUGCCCAAACAGUGACUGCGUUGCAAACAUGGCACUGAGUAGGACAGGACCUCUCAGCUAUACAUUGAGGGGGUAGAGCACCCAUGUGGGCACCCUUUAUUUGUGCAGUAGGGCAGGUGCUGCUCUUUACUAUGUAACCUAAAAAGAUGUCAUUUCAUGUGAUGAUGAAGCCAAGAUGAGUCAUUUGUCAUAGUGAAUGUUAUUAACAAAUUUGUUAGGGUUGGUGACAUCACAGAAUAUUGUGUGUAUUGUCAGGUGUAUCUCCUUGUUGUUCUAGCUGGCACUGGAUGCUCUAAUAAUGUUUCGUCAUUGUCAAGCAGCAGUUACCUACCGUGUUCUUAACAAUGAGUUGUGAAAUUUUCUAAAGGAGUACUGUAGAACUUAAUAUUCCUCUAAAGAAACUGCAGUGAGCCUAUCGAUGUUUUUAAAAUUACUAUUAAGGCUUUUAAAAUAGGAAGCUGAUGCUUGAUCUUGCACAAUUUUUAUGUCUAGUGUGUAUGCUUGAGUGGGUGUGCAGGUGUGAAAGACUAGAGAAAUCUGAGUCAGUAUACUUUACAGUGUGAGUCACGUGAGCUAAUAUAGUCUAUAACCAUUUCUUCCUACCAGUUUCACACUUGAGAGACUUGGGCUAUAGGUUUCUUGAAAGUUGGUCUGACAGAUAGAAUGUAAAUGACAAGAGAGUUCAUUACUAUAAAGUAUAGAACAAAGUGAGUCUAGACCAGGGUUCCCCACAGCUCUUGAGAGUGACUGGAACAAAGACAGUGUGGGUACAUGUAAGGUACCCCAGUCUCUGCUCUACUUUAGACUCAAGAUUGGCUCAUCUCUUUUGUACUGAACCUCUUGUGAUAAUUAUAAAGUUUUUCCAGAUGUGAUUCUUUCUGCUAUAAUGAGAAAUUGAAGUAGAUCAGAAAAAAGUUAGAUGCACAGUGAUGGGAAAAGAGAAAAGUGCAGAGAAGGCAGCUAAUCACAGACCCUCCUCCCUGCUGUCUGCCCUGCUGCCUGCUACCUUCCUCUCCUUUCCCUUUGUCUCUGUCUACAGCUGGAGGGCAGUGUCCUGAGUCAUCAGCUUUUGACUGUAAGGGAGUAAAGAAAAGUUGACGUAUUAUAAAGUAGAAGUAGAAAGGAAAAAAACUCAAUUUCUGAAAGAACAGUAGCAGUCUAGUGUGUCUUUGAUAGAGGAUGCCUGUUGUCAUGAGUUUGUUUGUUGGGACAAACUGACUGGCUUGAGGAAUAUGAUUCUUCCUGUUCUGUAGUAGAUUGCCUUGAAAGGUGUAAACUUAGGAAACUUUUGUAAAGCACUGAUUAUACAAGAUAACCCACAAAUUGUACGCUUGUUAUGAAGUUUUUCCUAUUUCCUUACCUGAAUGAAAGUUUUAUUUAUUUAUUUUUCCUUAGGAAAGAGUGUUUGUUUCUUUUCCUGCUGGCAGCCUGCUUAUAUUAUUGUCAAUGCUGUUCAAGUUCCUGGAAACUCUGUUAAAACUUGUAUUUUAGAGGAUGAAUUAUUUUACCUGGUUUAGACAUUUACUGUCCAACAUUUGUUAGUAUAAUCAGAUUAUUCAGAGCUCCCUUGUAUGAAUUUAAAUUUGGUAUAAGGAGAUUUAAUGAUGAAUUACCUUUGCUCUUCAUGUUGUGCUCUCUGAUAUGUGUUUUAGGAAGAAGGCUUUUUUCAGGGGUUCAUUAGGUGGUUGGUUUUCAAGUCAAACUUGGAAGAACAUAGAAUCAGGAUUGUGAAGUCCUAGCUAAGCGUUCCUAAAACAAAUAUGUACACGAGGAGCUGCUUCUGUGGUCGUUAGUAGUAGGUCUCUACGUUUCUACUGAUGAACACAAGAGACAAGUGAAGUCUUUUGAAGGGCAAGAAAGGUUAGCACAUGUUCCCAUAUCUCAUAGCAAAAGAGAUCCUUGCAAAUAAACUGCAGGUGGGCCUCCAGGCCGUAUCGUGCAGUGUACUGCUAACACUGCUGUGCUCACGGCAUUCCGAGAACCUCAUUGCAGACGUAGUUACGCAUAUGUGUAGUGUUGGACACUGUAGACUUGUCACAGACGAUGCUAGCUAGAUUCCAAGGGAGCUGAGGAGGUAAAUGAGUGGGCCCAAGUAAUUACAUUGAGUUCAUUGAAUUAAAUAGUUUAUAUUGAAGCCACAGACUUGAAAACAGAAGAUAACCUACUAUGAUUUAAACCAUUGUGUGAUAGCUCUUAGCCCAUUUUACCAAAGAGGACAGCUGCAGAUUCCUUCUCCUCUGAUACUAUCAGGAAUUUCAUUUUGAUAUCUUUCUUAAACUAGGACCAAAUAAAUACUACAAAAGAUGUAAUUUUCACAAUAAAUAUAUGCACAGAAAUUUUAAUUCUUUGAAAUUAUUAAAAACCUAGGAUUCUCUUAUUAGGGGGUGAUGUAAAGAGGCGGGAAUUCAUGUUACUUAGUCCCUGUCUAUGGGGGCAAAUGUUAUCUCAGGUAGUUUUUCUCUCCCUAUAUUAAGAUUCGUGCUUCCUUCCUUCUUGCCUUCUUAGGUUCUUCUUUAUUCUUCCAUGGUACUGCUAUACCGUGGCACGUUUUGUCCCUGAUAAGGCACAGAAAGCGAUUGCCUGCAGGGAAAUUUUGGGUUCUUUAGAAGUAUUUGGAGGAAGUGACUUGUAGCUAUUAUCAAAACUAUGACACUAGUUCAGAGAGAAUAAUAGAGUGGGACACCCCAGUAGCGUAUUGCCUGCAUUUUACCGUAAGUGUGCAUUUAUUAUAACUGGAUACUCUGCUUCCUUUGUGACCAUGGGCACAGCCACUCUCUUUGGGAACUCUUCCUUUCUGCUAUCCCUUGAGCUAAAUCUGUGGCUGCUUUUAGAAUUAGAUGACUAACAUAGUUUUACUCAUCUGCCUCUGUUUUAACUGAGAGAAGUGUGGCCACCUUGUUGUUAUGUAGCUGCUGAAGAGUGCUGAGAAAUGUUAACCUACCAACAACUGUGCUGCCGUCCAGAGAAAGGGGCGGAAGUAUUAGGGGCAUAAGGCUUCCUUCUGUCUUAGCACUCUAGACUCUCCCUCAGGUAAGGCAUCAGUUACAGGAUAACUUAGAAGCAGGGUUAGGAUCAUGCUGUUUCAUGGCUCUAUUGAAUGUAUUGAUUAGAGGCAGGUGGUUGACAAUUGGCAUCAUUCUUGGUAGUUCUCCCUCCAGUUUAUUAGGCAAUUUUAUUUUUAACAGUCACUGAAAAUGAGCAUCAUUGUGCCUACCCAGUGGGAAUUAACAGUGCAGUGGGUGAGAGACACACUGGUAACCAUGCACCUUACUUAGACUCUCACCCAAGGGGUACAGGCUGGGCUGCUUAUUCAGAUUAGGGUACAGAUUGUGACUUUCCAUCUGUUGUAUGUAUAGCUAGCUAAAGUUUUGGGCAAGUGCCUUGAGUUUCCUGGCAAAUAUUAGAUCUCAUCUGGCCAAAAGCUCCAGGGGGUGACUGCACUGUUGCCUUUUUCUUGGAAUGACUUGGAAUGAUUCAUGUUAGUCCAGAAUUUUCUUUGCUUACUUAAAAAAGAAUGUAUAAAACGAUUCCAAUUUGACUUAUUUCAGAAUUGCAUAUUGAUGGAAAGGCCAGUUGUGUGUCACAUCUAAUUCUGGGAUCUAGUUUGAUUUAUCAGGUUCCUUCCUCAACUCUUAUUGAUCCAGCUCUCUAUUUCUUAUAAGUUGUGGUCACUUACACACAGGUCCUUGGUCACUGCUAGCUCAACAAAAUCCUGAUUUCUUGAGGUGCUCAGCAAGUCACCUUUCUUUGCCAUACAGUUUGGCACUCUUUCACUUGGCAUUACCUGUCUCCUCAAGUACCUGCUGGUCUUUUGAGUCUGUCAAGUGGAGCUCAUAUGGUAUGUUUAGAUUUUAGAUUUUUGGGGGGUUGGUGUUCAAGACAGGGGUUCUUUGUGUAGCCUUGUCUGUCUUGGAACUAGAUUUUAGAUUCUUAAUCAUGGAGAAAUUUGGAUAUUUUAGUUUUUAGAGUGGCCUCAUUUUUUUUUUAAAUGAAUUUUGGUUCUUUGUCUACCUUAUAUCAUAGGAUGGAUCAUGAUUUUUAUCCUUGCCACCUCCCCCAGAUGGUGUUCACCAAUGACUAAUGCUUCAUACUAUGACAAGCAGUUGGCAGGUACUAGGUAUUUAAGAAGGUAAGCAAUUUAGAGUAUUUUUGCUAUGUUUUUUAUAGGAGAAAUGAGCUAUCAAAAGAAAUAUGUACAAGCCAGGGAGCAUUUAGGAUAGAAAGCUUUUGGAGACAGGGUUUUGCAGUGUAGCUUAGACAGGUCUCCAGCUCAGGAUCUUCCUGUCUCGGCCUCCCAAGUACUGGUGUGUACCAUCUUGCCCAGCUCUGUUAGGAAACUGUUUUAUGGUCAUUUAGGUGAUUUUUCAGGAUGUAAGACUAACACAAAAGUUUACACACAUUUUGUUGUCCUGAUAUUCAUUUUCUAUAGCGCAGCACUUUCCCUGAUUCUUGUGCUGCCUAUGGGAAUGGUUGUUUUAAAUUUGCUGUCUUUGUGCCUUUCAGAGUCAUAAUCAUGGUAGUUGUGUUUGCUGGCACCAUUCUAAAUCCUGGAGUUCAUGGGAAGCUCACCAAAUGAUUGCCAGAGUAUUAGACUGGGUAGCAGCCGUGAUAAUGAGAAGAAAUAUUGAUGGCUCUUUUGAAGGCUGUGUGUUUUGUGAAUUGAGUUCCUAGUGUUUUAGUGGAAAGGCAGACAGACUUUUAUUUGCCUUACGAGGUCAUUCAUCUCUGUUGUACAAAAGACAACUGAUUCUGCUCCACUUCUCUGUUAAAGCAAAGCAAGUUACAUUCUUGGAAGAAGACUGGAAUUGUUUGUUGUUUGUUUGUUUCUUACUGAGAACCUUGUGUAAGCAGCACAGCAGUUACUACCACCUUCAGCUACUGAUGAUCAGUGAACGGGUCUCUAGUCAUUCUUUAAGACGCGUGGUCGGCAUCACUUCCUUUCUCUCUGUCAGCUCCUCUUAAUAUUCAUGGUAUCAAGACAGCAUGCAGAAAGAACAUGCGCAUGUGGACUCAGACACUCUUCAGUGACUUGAGCUACUUUCAGCUGUGUCACCCUGCUAAGUGGGUCAUCAGAAGGCUGUCAGAGAUAAGAGCAAAGAAGGGAAAAAUUGAUAGGAGAGAGCAGAAAAAUGGCCCCCUUACUGGUGUCAGUAAUCUUCCACACAGAGGUCAUGGUCUAAGGAUCUAGACUUUUUACCUGUAGUUUAAAAACAUUGCCUUUCUUAUACAUUCCUCAUCCUGUUUCCCCAGAAGACUGUGGUCAGGGUUUAGGAGGCCAGAUUACACACCCAUUCUUAGUUUCUCCUGAGUUUUAAGAAGUAUUUGAAUGUUGGCCCUUGUGUAUUUGGUGUUCGCUACUAUUCUUGGGACUAAAGUCUCAGAGAGAAACUGGGGUCAGCCACCUCUGUCCUCCUGGUGCACAUGGGGUGGCGGCAUCUGUGUGUACUAAUGCAGUUACAGCACCUUGUGAACAGGAGUGGGAGCAGUGUCUAUCAGAGAAAAACUUCAGUCUGCACUUCUGUGAACCGCAGAGUAUAAAGCUGUCACGUUUUGAUUUACUUUUCAUUCUUAAUUCUUUUUGAAAAAUCUUAAAAUACUUUAACAUUCCUUAAGUAGUGUCAAAUCAAGGGUAGAAAGCUUUUCCCCCCAUCCUAAAAAGGGCUUCAUCUUUUUUUUAUCUUUUUUUCACUCUUAGAAAUUUAUGAUCAGUACAUUUUAAUAGUUUCUGAUCUCUAGACUAUGUCAGCACUGGAGUGGUUGGUUGUGAAUAUCAAAACCUACUACUGUUUUCCUUUGGGGACAUGCAAUUGCUGUUUUGGGCAUAGAAGAGGUCUGGUUUAAGCAACAUGUGAAAGAUCACCUAAACCAAAGCCCAUUGUAAGGGGCACUGACUCCUGUUGGUUCACCUUCACCUUGAAUGACAGGACAGGGGCAUUUCAGUGCACAGUGAGUGGUCGUCUGUAACGUCUCUACCUGGGGUUUCAGUAGCGUGUUACAUUUCCUAAAUUUCCUGAUUCUAUGAUUCUGUUUUUUUUGUGGUGUUUUAACUGCUUGUGUGUGAUUGAGUAUUGGGGUUUUUUUUUUAUGUUGUUUGUUUGUUUGAACUAAGUGAGACUAUAAAUGUAGAUAGAUGUGUUUUAGUACCAAGAUGUUCUUUUUUCAAAUCCCUAAAAUUUCUGGUUUCAUUAUCAGUCUUUCAGAUGUCUAUUUUCUUGCUGAAUAGCAGAGGACUUUAUUUCCACCUCCCUAUAAAGUGUGAGCACUGUGUUUCAGCAAGCUGCAUUGCCUACUUUUGCUGAAAACUUCUCUGUAAACACAAUUGCCUUGUUGAGUUUUGUUGUAAACUGACUCGCCCUGCGAUGCACUGUUGAUAGCUUCCUAAUGUGUGGUGGAUAAGAGUGAUAAAAUAAAGCUUACAAAGAAAAGAA